AUGUUCCGGAUACCUAAAGAACGUGCUCCCGUGGUGUUUUUGAUGCACGGGUUGCUAGGCAAUGCUGAUGGUUGGAUAUCUGCUGGGCCCAAAAAUGGAAUUGCUUACUUGUUAGCAUCUGCAGGUUACGACGUUUGGCUGGGCAACGCUCGCGGGAACAAAUAUUCGCGCCGCCACAAGUAUCUCUCUCCGGACUACGAUAAGAAACUUUUCUGGAACUUUACCUGGGACCAGAUCGGCCGCUACGACCUGCCGGCUAUGAUCGACUAUAUACUGUACGAGACUCGUCAGCCCACACUCAAAUACGUGGGUCACUCGCAGGGCACCACCACAUUCUUCGUGCUCUGCUCCGAACGACCAGAGUACAACGAAAAAAUCUCGGUCAUGGUUGCGCUAUCAGCCGUCGCCUGGAUAUAUUACGGGUAA